AGAAUACAGCCUCCCCCCAUCGCAACAACAUAGACAACACAAACAACAAGGAGGAGGACUGGUGGGAGAAGAAGGAUAUUUAAAGUGUGAGACGGAGCGUGGCGCUGGCCACCCGCACGCCGCCCGUUCGUACGCUCGCUCGUGCGAGUCGAGCACGUGGCGUUGUUGUUUGUUGUUGUCGUUGUUGUCGUUGCUGCUGCUGCUUGGUACAACAACCGCAGUUAACUGAGCCCUUGAUCGCACUCCUUUUGCAACAACACAACUUUGCAGCGGUCAUCUACCGCGCUCGCAAAGAGGUCCCCGCAUCAAUAUCGACUGCUGUCAUCAUUUUCUCUCUCCUCUCAACACCCCCCCCCCCCCAUAUUUGGACAUCGUGGGCAAGACCGUAAAUCAAUUUAAAAAAAGCUACAACAGAGCUGCGUGUGGCGGUAGUGGCACCACCACACUCACGCCGAGCAGCCCCCGUGUGAGUCCAGGGAAGGAGGAGGAGGAGGGCUGGAGGGGAAGGGGGCAUGGUUUAUGUCGGAGGCCAUCGCGAGAGCGACACGGCCGAGCGGGGAGCCGCCUCUGGGGCCACGGGCUCCGUGUCGCAGCGACGGGGCCCUGGGCACGACCCCGCGUCGUCUCGGCGUGACAGGGACCCGCAGGCAUCCACCAGCGAGAGUGACUCUCAGCCCACGGGUUUCGACCACGAGCAGAGCGGCCGCCUGGAGGAGCAAAUCCGCCUGUCGGAUCUGCAGCAGCUGCAAGCCACGUUCUCCAGCCACCGCUCGUCACGCCACUCGGAGGACGAGGAUGAUGACGACGCGGCGGAGGCAGAAGGCGCCUCAACGGGGACACAGGGAAGUCGAGUUUCUGCCAGCGCUUAAUUCUUCUUCUUAUUGUUACGCUUGUUCACCCAGGAAAGCCUCGACGAGUCGCGGGCAGUAUUUCGAUGCGUAAUUGAUUUUGGGUUCGGCCGUGUAAAUUAUGUGGCCGCAUCUGGCGCUGGAUUGCAUUUCCUGGAUUUUGCCCAGAAAAUGCUUUGGCGCAGUUGCUGAACGUCCCAUGGCGAACCUCUGAAUUUCAUCGCGAGAAAUGUUCUCGAACGUGCCGGCGAGCUGAGUCAAUGUUAAUUGCCGCGUUAAACUUGCUCGCGCACGUCGUGUGGUGGAGGGUCUUACGACGCGCAUCAUUCGUGUCGCAGCUCAUUACUUGGCCGAACAUUUUUGUGAACAAAAAAUAGACGAUUCGUCGCGGAAGUUUUUUUUACAAAUUUUUUUUGUAACGCAUUUUUUUUUGCACAAAAAUGUUUCACACCGUAACCGUGACCGUGACGAAUAACGACAUCGCGACAUCGUCGUCGUCGUCGUCGUCGGCGGCCCCCACAGGGAAGGGAGCGGCGCAGGCGGCGGACGUCCUCGCGACCCGCCGGUGCCAUGAACCGCGCCGAGUUCCGCCAGAGCCUGCGGGAGUUGCUCGGCUCCGACCGGUGGGGCGAGCAGAUGGACGGACUCUUCGACAAGGUGGACGCGUCGGGCGGCGGCUACGUGGACUGGGGCGACUUCUGCGCCUACAUGCUCAUGCAGUACCGCGAGCGCGACUUCGCGCGCGCGCGACACGAGGCGCCAUUCCCGCCCCUGGCGCUCGUCAUCCGCCACUGCACCCACAACAAGCAAGAGGUGUGCACGCGGCUGCUGGCGCUCGACUCGCCGGCGCCGCUGCGCUUCGUGUCCGUGAGCAAGGAGGGCGUCCUGACCGUGUGGGACCGCCACCUCCGCCUGCAGCGCUCCUUCCAGGAGGAGGUGGAGGACCCGCGCGGGGGCAAGCGGCGCUUCCGCACGUGGAGCACGGACGCCGUGGUGCUGCCCGACGUCCACAAGAUCGCCGUGAGCACGACGAGCCGCGACAUCCGCUUCUACGACGUCUCCACGCCCAACUUCACGCAGGAGUUCCAGCUCUUCGCCCUGAACAACGUGCCGACCUGCAUGCAUUACUCGUUCAAUGAGAAGGCCCCAGGGAGCCCCUCUGUUCUCCUGUGGGGAGACGACUCCGGCGCAGUGAACCUGCUCACCAUCCUGCAGCCCCACGCGGGCCUCUUUGAGAAGCCCUUCAGCCGCGAGGAGGGCGUCCGUCGGAUCUUCAUGCAGGACCUGGGCGACCACGCGCGGCUGCUGAAGCUGCGCGUGAUCCCCGGGGUUCACGAGGGUCCGGUGCGCGCGAUCCGCUUCGUGGCCGAGGGAGGAGGAGGAGGAAGAGAGGGUGGAGAAGAUGACCGUGGCGGCCUGCUGUUCUCGUGCUGCGAGAGCGCUCCGCACCUCUCUGGUGGUGCGCGACGUGGCCGGGUGGCGGAAGCCGUACGUGUGGAGCAUGAGCAAGGGUUGCCAGUGCUUCGACUACAGCCGCGAGCUGACGCUGGUGGCGGCGGCGGGCGCCGACUGCCUGGUGCACGUGUGGAACCGGUGCUGAAGGUGUGGGACCUGCAGGAGCACGCGUGCCUGCAGACGCUGUGCGUGCGCUUCCCGUGCGUGCAGCCCGGACGCACGCUGCGCCACGGCGACUUCCCGCUGCUGCUGCUGCCGCCGCCGCUGCACGGCGUGCUGGCGUCGUGCGCCGACUACGUGGCGCUGCUGCCGCUGGGGGUGCCCGAGGCGCGCGGCGCCGGGAUCUACACGCACGCCACGGCGCUGUCGGCCGCGGCGUACAACCCGCUCUUCCGCCAGGUGGUGACGGGCGGCGAGGACUCGUGCGUGAUCGUGUGGGACGUGGAGACGGGGGCCAAGUGGCUCGCGCUGAACAACGCCCACGGCGAGGAGGAGAUCACCUCGCUCGGAUUCGACUCCUCCGGCCGGCGCCUGCUCACGGGCGCGAGGAACGGCACCGUCAAGGUGUGGAACGUGCAGAACGGACACAACCUGCUCAGGCUGCAGGCCGUGGGGGCGGCCGAGGUGACGGGCGUGGCGUGCCUGCGCGAGCACAAGCUGCUCACCGUGGGCUGGAACCGCAAGAUCCUGCUGUAUGACGACUCCAAACCGGACGUGACCGCCCUGAAGGCGGACAGCAGCUGGAAGGGUGGGCAACUGCACAGGGAGGACAUCCUGGCUCUCAGCUACUCGCCCGCCCUCGGCCUGCUCGCCACGGGGAGCUACGACGGAGCGAUCUUCGUGUGGAGCGCCGAGACGCAGAAGCUCUUCCUGCGCCUGGGCGAGCACGGCUCGAGCAGACCGCCGAGGCCCGUGGACCGGCUGCUCUUCCUGCAGGCGCGAGCGGCGGUCGCGGGCCUGCGCGACGCGGCGCUGCUGCUGAGCUCCGAGGGUGGCUGCGUGCACUGGUGGCAGCUCUACGGGCAGCAGCAGAGGCACCUGGGCUCGUUUUACGCUGCUGCCCGGCCCGACGAGCUGGCGCUGGGCCUGGCCAGCAGCCAUGACGACGGCGUGCUGGUGACGGGCGACACGGCGGGCUACCUGCGGGCGUGGGACGUGCGGGCCUACGGCCUGCGGGCCGGCAGCACGGAGAACGAGGGCGGUGCGGAGGCGUCGCCGCCCUGCCUGCGCUCCUGGUUGGCGCACACCCAAGCCGUGGUCCACGUCGAGGUGCUGCGGCUCGACUCGGCCUCCUACGUGGUGAGCGCCUCCGGCGACCGCACGGCCAAGCUGUGGACGCUGCUCGGCGAGCCCGUGGGAACCUUCGGGCAGCAGCGGCCCUGGGACCUGAAGGACCCAGCGACGUACGGAGAGCAGCUCGCUCCCGUCGCCGACAGCCAGGAGGCCGGGCGAGCGGAGGGGCCGCGGGAAUCCGCUCCUCGAUCGUCGGAGAGCGGAGAGCGGGAGACCGCCGGGCGCGACGCCGGGCGCGACGCCGGACACGACGCCGGACACGACGCCGGGCGCGACGCCGGACCCUCCCCGGAGAGUCUGGUGGUGGCGGAGCAGGAGGAGAGACCUCCGGGCAAGACGCAGGAGUCUCGCUCGCCCAACGAGACCGAGCCGCUGGAGGAACAGAAGCGGAGCCCGCGGAGCGAGGAGGAACCCACGAACGGGGACGUGGCGGCGGUCCGGCUUGGCACGGAUCGGAACGCGAACCUGUCGGGAGUGGCGCGGCAGGAGCGCCGCGCUCGUUACUCGGCCGUCAACAUCGCCAAGACGGCUCGCUUCGAGUCUCUCUGCUCCCCAUUCCAAGCCCUCGUCACGCCGGAGGUGGUGGCCGUGCAGCUGCCGGCCGACUUGCCCAUGACGGCGCGGAUGCGGAGCCGCGGGGUGAGCUGCCGCUCGGAGGGGGAGCUCCGGGCCCUGCGGCUCAAGAGCCUCGAGUGGGAGCAGGAGGCCCCGGCGGCCGAGGGAGUGGCCCCCCAGGAGCAGGCGAACACAUCCGUGCCGCCGGGCCCUCCGCCGAGCCGUAGAUAGCGGGUAGGGGGGCAGCCCCCCCCCCUAGACGACCCCGUCCGCCAAAGUCAGCGGCAGACCGUUCACCGUCAUGUUCUUGCGAAAAGUCGUAAGUUUUUGCCAUCUCGUGUGUUCACGAAUUAAGACUUCCCCGUAUUGCAGGUGGCUCGGUGGAGGUCAAUGUCCUUGCGGAGAGUCGCUCAAGUUUCAGACUUUCCUUCGCUCUGCCUCGUGGAGCAUUUCAUCUUCCCCCACUCACUCUUGGGAAAAAAAAUACCAAAAUCACCCUCCACUGUCUCAGGAAUCCCUUCCUCGCGUCAUGCACCAAUACACCAGGAAUGAAUAUUGUGUUGCCAAUGCAAAGGGCUCUCGCAAGACCGUUAUUACAAAUAAUAAUCAUUGUGCAGAAACAUGCAAAUUAAGUUCUACUGGAGUCAGGGCUGGCGACUUUUAUAUGCUCCUAUUGCCAUAGCUUGCAACAUUGGAGGGGGGGGGGAUACCGUUAAACACCAAUUACCGUAUUCUCCGGAUUAGAAGACGCUUCUGGAAAAUAAGACGCACCCUAAAACUACCUGCCUUGUGUCAAACUUCCAAAUCUGGUCACACAGCUACCAGAUUAACCACAGGGAGGGGGGGCGAUGGAGCGAGUUCAGCUGGGAAUUGUGGGUAAGGAGCGUGUGAGCAGCGAACGUCGUUCAUGAGCAAUGUCGCCAAGGGCACGGUUAUUUCGUUCGUUACAAUCCAAAUUUCGUAGGUGAUAAUAUUCAGACGUGUAUCCACACACACACACGAGCGUGUAGAUUCACCUACUGAAAGAUUAAAAAAACGGUGAGAUAAUCGGCGGAAUAACACGAGACGCAGAUUACGAGCCAUCUUAUAAAAAGUCAACAUUUUUAUUAAAUAGAUUUCUCAAACUUUA